ACUCUCUUGCUCUCUCCGAACUCACAGAAAAGUAGUAACAGAGAGAGCAAUGGGUCUCUCUCUCCUCAAGCCAUCGGUCUUCUUCCUCAUUGCUCUCUUUGCCUUUUCAUCUUCGGCUUUCCAAUCCGAUGAGCUUCUCCUCGACGACGAUGAGUUUGGCCUCGAAGGAGGGCUGCCUACUAAGACCCCUGAUCCCGUUCGCACGCCACCCACACCUCCCUCAUCGACCCGGAAGAGGUUUGCGGAUCCUGAAUCUGAUUCUAAGAUCCAAUUCCAGCUCGAACACGCAUUUGGGGACUCUGAUUUCUCUCCCGCUGGUACCUUCACGGCUCGAUUGAAGACUUGGAAUCACGGUGGCCAGACGUUAACAAAGCUGCGAUUUUCGAGGAAUGCAUUUUCUAAAGAGGAGAAGGAAAAGUUUUCGAGGAUCUUGCAAGAAGAUGACUUUUAUAGGAUAAGAUUGCCAUCAAAUGUUUUGAGUCCUCCUGGGAGGGAAUUUGUUAUUUCAUCAGUAAAAGUGAGAUGUCUUCCACGGGAUGGCUUGGAUGAGCAUAUUGUUAUUAACACUGAUGGUGUUAAUAUCUUGGGUGUUAAUUAUGGUUCCCCCGGGGCAUGCCCGUAUCCUCGACAGUUGAAACUUCCUUCCAAGUGGACUUUUAACUCGCAUACAAUUUUGAAGAACAGCGAGCAAGCACCAAGGGCUCCGAUUUUUACCGAGGAUAUCCUUGGUGGUGAGGGUGGAGAGGGUGAAGCCGCACUGCCCCCAGAAAGGUCUUUCUGGGCUAAAUAUUGGAUGUACCUCAUACCUCUCGGACUCAUUGUCAUGAACGCCAUAACUCAAGCAAUGAAUCUGCCAGAGGAACAAGCUGCUGGCCAGUCGGCCGGCCAAGCUCAGCAGCCCACUGCAAUCCAGCGUGGCGGUCCACCUUCUACUGUGCGGAGAAGAUAGUGUGUCUGCUUAACUCCAUCUAAGGGUUGAUGCUUCAUGGUGAGCAAAAUUGGAGUUUUUCUUAGGUUUGACUUGACUUCUAGUUGUAUCAUUAUUUCUGUGGGAAACCAUUACGAGAUUAUGUAAAUUUUUAGAAGUUAAAUUACCAAUAGGGCAGUUUUAUGCCAAAAGUAAUUGAACCCAUGUUUGGAAAAUUUUCAUAACAUUUUUAUGAGCUGCAAAUUGAAAGCUUUGGUGAAUGGUCUAUGAUAACUCUACUUUUACCGA